GCCAGAAAAGCACAGCUUCCUCGUAUUCUUACACUCCUUUCUUCUCCAUUCUCACUCCUUUGCCACUUACACGCGGCUUCCAACUACAACACGUUACCUCCCAGAUCCCCUUUCAUCUUGAACAUCUGCAUUACACAAACCCUCAGUAAUCAUGAAGGUUAUUGCUACUUCUACCGUCCUUGUUGGUCUCCUCGCCAUGGGAGACGUCACCAUUGCAGCUCCCAAGGGCAAGAGCAGCUUUGGAGGUUUAGCUAGUGGCGCUAGCCGUGUCAUUGGCCAGGCUGGAAAAGAUGCUGCCAAAGAUGCUGGCAAAAACUUGGCUUAUGAUGCUGCCGGUAAUAUCAUCAGCAACGUUGUGGGCGGUGGCCAGGGUGGCCAGGGUAGUCAGGGCGGCAAUGGUGGCAAUGGCGGCGACGUUAUCGGCAAGUUUAUUAAUGGCAUCACAGGUGCACUUGGCCCCGUUGGUGGCGUGCAGGUUCAAGUUCCUGUUCCUGUUGCGCCAGCUCCUCAAGCUCCGGCUUCUCAAGCUCCUGGUACUCCUGCUCCUGCACCAGCUGCUCCUCCUGCGCCUGCACCUCCAGUCAACGAUGCUCAAGAGCCAGCUGCUCCUGUGCCCGUCUCGGGUGGCCCAGCCGACGUACUCAAGCCCGUCGAGCAGAUCGGUUCGGCAAUUAUCGAGCCAUUCAAGGACAUUAGUGAGGGAAUCGCUAGCAUCUUUGAUGGCCACUAAUUCACUUGAAAUAUAGCUAGCAUUACAAUGCAACAUCUGCUGGCAGAUAUUGGUAUACUUCUUAGCUGGGCUCAACUAUACUAUUUAUUUAGUUUAAUACACUCUUCCUAUUUUU